ACCUUGUCCUCCAUACUUGUAUUUUGUAUAUUAGAAUGAGCUAUUAAAUCAAUAAUAUGUGUUGUACAUCAUUAUUAUAGGCAUGGAUAGUGUUGCUACCAGUCGUUCUCGAAAGAAAAGUAAGGGGAAGGCAAAUGCUGGCUCAAUUGGGAGUCGUAGGAUUUGGACGAAGAGGGAGGACUUGUUUCUCAUAAGUGCAAUGAGAGAUUUGUGUAAUAAACCUAAAUGGAAGGUUGACAAUGGGCAAUUUAAGUCGGGGUAUUAUGGCGAACUUGAGAAGAGAAUAGUCACGAAUUUUCCUGGAAGUGACCUUCGUGCUUGUCCUCACAUUGAGUCAAAGAUAAAAAUUUAGAGGAAACACUAUGGCCUUUUGUAUGAAAUGACUAAGCUUAGUGGGUUUGGAUGGAAUGACACUGAGAAGAUGGUUCUUGUUGACAGUGAUGAUGUUUGGGAAAACUUUGUUUGGAGACAACCAAGUGCGAGUUCUAUGCGAAACAAGUCAUUUCCAUAUUAUGAAGAUUGGCUUGUUCUCUUUGGCAAAGACAAAGCCACUGGUGAGUUAGCUGAAGAUCCCACAGAUGCAGUUGAAGCAAUUGCUGUGGAAGAAGUCAUGGGGGAGAAGGGUGAUGGUUCUCCAGCUAAGCAACUCAAUGUUGCUGACUUCGAGUGUUCAAUGUCUACAAAUGGAAAUGCAUCCAACUCUUCUACCUUUAGCAACAGAGGAACAAAAAGAUGCAGAACUACUGAAGGAAUCGCAAGUAAUAUUGCUACAAUGACAGAGACACUCGGCUCUUUUUUGGACAAAACGGACACUAGAUUGGGUGAGAUUGUUAAAAGGAUUUGAUAUCAACAUGACUUAUCCCAAGCUAGGAGGAGUGUCAAUGCUGAACUUCUGAAGCUCCCCCUUACAUCAACUCAAAGGUUGACAAUAGGUUCUCUCAUUGUCAAAGAUGCUCAGCGAGUUGACUUCUUUUUCAGUCUCUCUGAUGACGACAAAUUGGAGUGGGUAUGUCUUUCGUUGGGAGGGCACGUAUGAGUACACAUGUUGGGGAUUGUGGUUUAUUCUACAUAAUAGAAUAUAUAAUAGUAUUUGAUAAUGUAAGAAUUUAGUUGUGUAGAAGAUAUUGGAGAUGCUAUAUUUCUAGCUUACAUACAUCACUAUUCUACAAACUAUUGUGAACAUUGUUUUUCUUAGUUUAAUAUUGAACUUGAG